CAGGAUUUGGGCAAUCUAAUUGCUCGUGCGUCGACGCAAUCUUGUGAAGUCGAUGCUCGAUUAGCAGAGCUCUCUCAAUCGCGGAAGUUUACUAUGGAGACCGGUGAUCUGAUAAUCUCGGCUGCACGAGACAUCAAAGACGAGAUAUCUUCGGCUCGAGCUGCGAUCGUAUUGCCUAGAAAAAAGUCCUUAUUGGAGUUGUACAAUUUUCCCCCAACACGUCGUUUCAAUCCUCCAUUGCCGCAAGAUCAACUAUUAUCGUUCUACAUUUCAAGUUGCAAACUGGUUUGUGCAUCGUAUCACAUGGUAUCAAAACAAACCACUCCUCAAGGAUUAUCGAUUACAGUUGCUGAAUGUCAGUUAGCUUUUUUGGAAGAAGUGCUACAGCAAUUAGAUGCCGCAAUGGCACACCUGCAGAAAUUGAUAGAAAACUUAGAGAUAUGCAAGACUCGACAACAGUGA